UUUUGCACUUUUUUCUUUUGCUCUUUUCUCUUUUCUUCCCCCCAAAAAAACCCUGUGGUCCUCCAUAACCCUAAUUGGUUUUUUCUAUUGCGACAUAUAAUACAACUUACCGCUCAUUGUCCCCCAUUUCCAUCAUGACCGAUCUUGUUGGCUACAUUUACAGUGGACUUAUCUUCACUGGAGGAGCUAUUGGUUACUUCAAAGCCGGUAGCACCGCUUCUCUCCUGGCUGGCACCAUUUUUAGCGCAGCAGCAGGUCUCGGUGCUUAUCUCGCAUCCAAUAAUCCCAAGAAUGUGGUUUUCGCGUUAUUGGUCGCUGUUGUCCUUCUCAUGGUGAUGGGUAGCCGAUUCAGCAAAUCCGGAAAAUUCAUGCCUGCCGGAUUGAUCUCUUUCCUAAGUUUGCUCAUGAUCAUUCGCUACGGUCUUCGUCUUAUUCAAUAAAACUCAAUUUGUCAC